AUGGGAUGCGGCUGUUCUUCAGCCGCGGUUGAGCCUAUAGAGCUAGCACCAACCACAGGGCAGUUUUUUCAGAGCUUCAAGCUGGGGAGAAAGCUUGGCGAGGGCGCUUUUGGACAAGUUCGCCUCACAACUCGGAUCAGCACCGGUGAAAUGUACGCUGUGAAGAUCAUGGACGUGCGCCGGUCUGGGGAUGAUGCGAUUAUGGACAUGCAAAUCCUGAAGGAGGCACGGACGGAGUCGCAGCUACUGGGCCAAGUUUCCGGGCAUCCGCAUGUUGUGGCCUUGUAUGAAACAUACCUGGAAACUCCCGGCCUCUUCUACAUGAUCAUGGAAAGGUGCUACGGUUCGCUGAUGGACAGUCUGUGUGACAUGCCGAAACUCACGGAGACAAAUCUCCGGCGCAUGUUUCGUCAGAUGCUACUGGGCAUCGGGGCAUGUCACGCCGCCCAGAUUGUUCAUCGAGACAUCAAGUUGGACAACUUCCUCUACGGGGGUGAGAGGUGCCGCACGAUCAAGCUCUCGGACUUCGGUUUGGCAGUAAGACUCCCAAGACGAGGAGCUGUCAAAGGUGUGUCUGGAACUGCGCCCUACAUGUCGCCAGAGAUGCUGGGCAGAAAGAAGUAUGACACCAAGACAGACGUGUGGUCCUUUGCUUCCACAGCGUAUGUGAUCUUGUAUGGCGAUGUGCCCUACUCACCGGCUCAGCCGUCUGCUCCUGCAGUGAAGAAGGCCAUCGUCCUUGCAUAUCCUCCGCCCACUUGGGCAAGGAAUGAGAAGUUGGCAAAGCGCUACAGCCAGCCAAGCGAAGGCGCCGAGCACUUCUGCCGCUUCUUGUUAGUUCGAGAUCCAUCCCUUCGGCCCACGGUCCAGCAGGCUUUAAACCAUGGCUUCUUGCAGGACGUUGGCGACGACGACAUUUCAGAAGCUGACGAGGACGAAGCUGAGGAGUCGAUGAUCGAGAACCCGGGCGAACAAAUACGAACGAUCACAAAUUUGUUUGUUUCCAAAAAGAAACCCCAGAUUAUCCGCCGGGGGCUGGACGAGGUCCUUGCUCGCCUCGAAGAGGCCGGGCCUCCUUUGCCACACACAGAUUUGGAGGGCCUUGGUGGAGGACAUGUCUUCACCGAGGAGAUCCCGCAGCUGCCGCAGAACCCCAGCGAUGAGGAGGAAGUAGGUGGUCAGAGUCAGAGAAUGACCUUCGCCACCUCUCUGAGGCGGAAGCUGAGCACCGAGUCGCGGAUUGUUCGACACAGCAACCGCAGAACCAACACGCACUCCGGUGUUACAGCUUCGCAGACGACAGAGGCUGCCAGGCAGCUGCAGAAGGCGCUUUCCGCACUGCCGGACCACCUCGGCGACAGCGAGCGUGGCAUCAAUGGGACGAUCGCGUGA